CAUAAAAAUAUGUAUGUUCAACGAUCCGGUCAUCGUGCAGCAUCAAUUAGCAGAAAAAUCCAGUGGGUGAAGAGAUUUUCGCCGCAAACCUCUAUUCGGCAUGCGUUGAAGACUAUCGCUCAUCUGGAAGAUGUGACAUUUUGUUGUAUUGCAGCUAUCGCAGAGGCUAACGAAGGGUCUGAGAUGGCUGUCCACUGUAUAGAUAACAAUAGACACCUAGCUGAGCUGACUGAAAAAACCGGAACGACCGUCGUAUUUCUAUACUUUUUUGCGCAGUGGUGCGGUCCUUGCAGGUUACUCGGGCCUAUUUUCGAACAACUUAGCGAACGUCAUCCAAGGUGUUUAUUCGUUAAGGCGGAUGUUGACCUGUUAGAGGAAUCGGCCGUGGAGGAGCACCGUGUCCAGUCGUUGCCAACUUUCAUAGUAUUCAAGGGGGGUCGCAAACUGGGCAGACUUGUGACCCCGCACGAAGGAGCUUUGCAAGAAUUUAUCGCUAAGUUCGAUGACUGCCCUGUAGGAGCAAAGUCAUAACGCCUUUGGCAACAUCUCGUAAGUACGCUAUGCGUGUUCUCAACGGUCUUUCAAAAAUGCAUAUGCAUUUGUGCUGUAUUACUGCUUUGACUUUAUCCUUUAUUAUCUGAAAUAAAUUGAUUUAGCUAAAACGUAGUCUAGGCAAAUACAAAAUCUAAAGACGAACCGACAUAACUUUUAGAACAGUGUCCCAACUUUGGAAAGAAGACGCCCUUGAAAAGACGCUCGCAGCAAAUAACAGAAUAACUUCAUAUUUUUGUCCGGAGCCCUAGCGGUAGCGGAUUCCGAAUAAAGAGUUCGC